UUUCUUUUUUUUUUUUUUUUUUUUGUAUUUCUUCUUUUUCUCUUAAAAAAAAAAAACAACUUCAUUUAUACUAUCAUGUCCUUUGUCCCUCUUCGUCAAGUCGCCAUUCGGUCUGUUCGCCAAACAUUCGUGAGUUCUCGAGUAUCCACUCCUUUCUCUUCUAUCCAUCGUACAUAUUCUGCUACUACUGAAAAACCUCCUAGUGCUGAUGAUGCUGACAAAAAACCUGAAGAAGCCACUGUCAAUACUGAAGAACAACCUAUUGAAAUCAGUCCUGAAGAAGAAUUCAAGAAACAACUUGCUGAAAAGGAUAAAAAGAUUUCUGAACUUCAAGAUGCUUAUUUACGUUGUUUGGCCGAUCAAGAAAAUAUUCGGGAACGUAGUCGCAAAGAAACAGCUGCUGCAAAGGAAUUUGCCAUUCAAAAGUUUGCAAAGGAUUUAUUGGAUACAGUGGACAUUUUAAACAUGGCUUUGACUUCUGUACCAGAACCUUUACGCUCCAAGGAAACCGCUGAAGCUGAAGCUGUCAAAUCACCUGUGAAUUUGGCUGAUCAAUUGUCCAACUUGUAUACCGGUGUCUCUAUGACUGAAACUGAAUUGGUCAAGACUUUGAAACGUCAUGGUGUGGAACAACAUAAUCCUGAAGGUGAAGUCUUUGAUCCUAAUCUCCAUCAAGCUCUUUUCCAAGCCCCUAUGCCUGACAAGGAUGCCGGUAUCAUCUUCUCUGUACAAAAAUUGGGCUAUACUCUCAAAGGUCGUGUCUUACGUCCUGCUCAAGUAGGUGUGGUUGCUGAAAAAAAUUAAAAGAAUCAAAAAAAAGGUGACCCAAGGGACGAUUUUUGUUAGUUAGUCGUGUAUAGGCAUUUAUAUGUAGUAUAGAUUGUUUUAGUUAUAGUCAUUUGUUAUAUAGAUUCUUUUUUUUUUUUUUUU